CUAUCCCAUGUAUCCAAACAGAGGCGUUCCUCUUCUCACUCUCUGGCUUACAUAAAAACCCUAAAAAAAUUAUUUCGCCGCCGCAAAUUCCACUCUUCUCCUCCUCUCCUACCCCGUCCCCAAUAUUUACUAAGAAUUAAAUGUGCCUAACGAAUCGAACGGCGUCGUUUCAAUUCGAGGUUAUAGUCUGUUUUUAUUUUCGAAGCAAAGAAUUGUAACUAAGGUCCUUUUGCCAGGUCGUUUACAGGGAAAUUUAAAAUUGGUGACGUUGCAAUUAUUUAACCAAAAAAAAAAAAAAAAACGAGGGAAUGAUGAAAUCAAAUUUAACUGCAAGCACACUCUUUUCCCCUAAAUUGGAUAACCCGCAAAAUUCUAUCCCAACUGCGAAAAUUGUCAGUUCUGAUGAUUGCGGUCAAAAAUCGUCGACAACUCCAGCAGCUACCUCCCGACCAUCUUCUCCACCAUCAGCUAACCCAUCAAAAGAAAUUAUAGAAGACGUGCAUGAUGAGUUGUUGGUGGAAUCCAAUACUGAGAACGUUACGAAUGAUAUGAACAUAGUGGAAGAUGAAAUGUCGGGAGGAGAUGGUGCGAUUGUGCCUAAGGUGGGUAUGAUGUUCAUGGAUGAAAAAGAAAUGUUUGAAUUCUACAAAAGAUAUGCUUAUGAUGUAGGUUUUCCAGUUAAGAAAAGGAAUUCGAAAAGGGGGGAUGAUGGUACUCUAAGAUAUGUGACGUUCACAUGUAGUCAUGAAGGUCGAAGAAGUAGUAAUACAGGUCGUUCUUUGAAACCGCAACCAACAAUUCAGACAGAUUGUAAAGCCAGGAUCUCUGCAUCUUCAAUUAAUCAUGGAACUUGGAGAAUUAACACAGUCCAUCUCGAUCACAAUCAUAAAACAAGUCCUUCGAAGUCAAGGCUGUAUCGAUGUAACCGAGAUUUGAGUGCACAUGUGAAACAGAAAAUUGAAGUGAAUGAUAUGACAGGAACUUCGUUGCACAAAAGUUAUAACUCCACAGUUGUUGAAGCAGAUGGACAUGAGAAUAUAACUUGUAUGAAAAGGGAUUGUCGAAACAAUAUUGAGCAAACGAGACGAUUAAAACUUGGAGAAGGAGAUAUUGCAGCAAUACAAUCCUAUUUUUCAAAGAUGCAAGCAAGGUGCUUGGGAUUUUACUUUAGUAUGGAUUUUGACGACGAGUUGCGGCUGAAGAAUAUAUUUUGGGCAGAUAAUAGGUGUAGGCAAGCAUACAAGGAGUUUGGCGAUGUUGUCACCUUUGAUACCACUUACCUCAUUAAUAAGUACGACAUACCUUUCGUCCCUUUUGUUGGCGUGAAUCAUCAUGGACAAUCAAUACUGCUUGGUUGUGGUUUGGUAUCCAAUGAGGACACAGAUACUUUUGUGUGGCUAUUUAGGACAUGGCUUCAGUGCAUGAAUGGUCAAGCUCCAUAUGGAAUAAUUACCGAUCAAGACAGUGCCAUCCAAAAUGCAAUUCAGAUUGUUUUUCCAAAUACAAAGCAUAGAUGGUGUUUGUGGCACAUUAUGAAGAAGUUACCUGAAAAGUUUGGCUAUCACGUUGAUAAGGGUUCGAUAUUUUCGGCUAUACACGGAUUAGUAUAUGAUUCACAGAUGGUUGAAGAAUAUGAAGAAGGUUGGAGAUCAAUGAUCAAUACGUAUGACUUGCAUAAUAAUGAUUGGUUAUCAGGAUUGUAUGAGAACAGAGAUUGUUGGGUUCCUUGCUUUUUGAAAACUACUUUUUGGGCUGGGAUGUCAACAACUCAACGAAAUGAGAGUAUGAAUGCAUUUUUUCAUGGGUAUGUGCAUCCAAAGACCUCAUUGAAACAAUUUGUCGAACAAUAUGAACGAGCACUAAGGAAUAAGGUUGAAAAGGAGUUUCAGGCCGAUUUCAAGUCAUUCUUGCAAAUGGUACCAUGUGCAACAAAGUAUGAAAUGGAGAAGCAAUUUCAAUCAGUUUACACCAUUUCAAAAUUUAGGGAAGUUCAAGAUGAGUUUACAGGGAAGAUUUAUUGUGACCUCAUAUCUGUUUCGGAGGGAUGUUUUGGGACGACAUACGAGGUACGGGAGGAUGUCAUGCAUGACGAGCGACGGAAGAAAAAAACAUUUUUUGUCUCAUUUCAGAAAGAAAAAUGUGAAAUUAUUUGCAGUUGUCACUUAUUCGAGUUUCGAGGAAUAAUUUGUAGGCAUGCAAUUGCAGUCUUGAUCCGUAACGACGUGACAUCAUUGCCGGAAAGGUAUAUAUUGCGAAGAUGGAGGAGAGAUAUUAGUAGAGCACACACAAGGGUCGCAGUUAAUUACGAUGGGUUGGUUAGUACUCCUGAACAAUUGAGAUACGACAAUAUGUGUGAGGCAUUCGCUAGGGUGGCGGACCUUGCUGCAGAUGAUGAAGGGCGGACCCGUAUGAUAAUGGACUGGAUAGAAUUUCAAUCUAAAGAGCUUGUGAUGACAAAGUCGAGUAGUGGAAGCAAUGCCCUUUUGUAGUAUACUGUUUAGUUAGCCCCAGUGUAUGGUUUUGCAAAAUAUUGUGAAAUGAUAUUGUUAUGUCACAAUGAUAUUGGAUGGGCAUCCCUUGCUUAGUUUACUAUUGCAAUUCACAGCUUGUGUAAUGAUCUGAGAAAUCUUGCAAAUGAUAUUGUUAUGUCAUAAUGUGUUAUUUUAUCCUCAGUCA